GUCCAACUAAAUCUGUUAGUCUCUAAGAUGCCACACGGACUCCUCGUUGUUUUAGCUGAUACAGACUAACACAACUACCACUCUGAAACCUAUCUUCCAGCUGUAACUCAAAUGCAUAAUGGAUGCAAAACUGUUUUCCUGAUCCUGCAGCCAAACCACUCUAGUGUGUCUGCUUCUGCUCACAGUUUUACUAAACAGUAAAGUAAACUUCAUAGCUAUUAUUUAAAAUGCUUGUAGUUGCAGGGAAACUGGUAGGAAUUUAGUGGGGCUAAUGCUGUUACAGCUUGGUAAAGCUGUAAGCAACAACCACCGUUAUGUUUUCUGUGAAAUCUUGCUGUUGCCCCCUCCCUAGUCUGUCAUAAUUUCUUAUGGCUAAAACGUGUCUGGUAAAUUUCUCAAGUCCAGUUUUUUGAAUCUCCAUUAAACUGGUUUAAUAGUUAUAACAAAGGCUGAUAGCAAUGAAACAAAUGAGGUAUUUAAGGGAAUGUCCUGAAGGAGUGAGGAAUGUGACAGGGUGGCCAGGAACUUCACUGCCUUUAGAAUCAAAAGCAAAAUUCAUUUAGUCUUCCUCAAAAUACCCUUCUUUUUCUCCACCUAUCACCCCUUCUUGUUUGUGUGGUUUAAAAAAAAAAGCCAGUGCUGACUGGAGUGAAGAACCAACUAAAUCUUAUAUACAUAUCUCUUUAAUUUCAUGAUGGGUGCUAGAUAAGACCCUGUAAAGUUUGAGUAUAACCCAGCAGCUGUAUGAGCUUUAAAAAAAAACCAAACCAAAAAAACCCACUUCUCAGUGUCACUGAAUUAUUUAUCUUUCCAAGUGGUGAUUCUUAUAUAUGUAAAAUUUACUCUGAUGUAUAGUAUGUGGGAAGCUAGGGCUGAAGUUACAAACAUCUGAAGAUGUGGUACACUUGUGCACAGUCGAAAAGUGCAGUGCUAUUUAAAAGUUAAUCUUAAAACAUACUCUUAAUAUGUUUAGCUGUGUAGUAAAAUGUCUAGGCUACUGAACUCCUUUAAAUAUAAAUUAACUAGGAACUGGUGUUGCUACCUCCCAUAUAACCUAUAAGAAUAAGAACAAGCCUAGGAGAUUAUUUCUACAUCUUUCCCUACCUUUCCUUAAUUUUAUAUAUGAUCAGAGUGCUUUACAAGACAUUGUGAAAUAUUAUUUCUGUUUUAGAGGAGAUAAAACUGAGGCUUAGAGCUGUCACAUUUAUUGAGUUUUGGAAUCAGGAGUAGAACCUUGGUCCCUUAGUAUUAGGCUUAUGCCUCAUUCACUAGACCAGUGGCUCCCUGGGAAGACAAACUUAUUCUCUAAUAGUAAAAUGGGGCUAAUACUGCAGAAUGAGAUAGGCCUUCUUGCUAAAUGGUUAGCAAGUGGUGGAUUUAUAAGUAUCCUCAGUUGAAGCCUUGAGGCAGUCUGUGGGAAAGAAGUCUUGCAAGUGACUGAUGGACUGAGUAUUUGACCCUGACUGUGACUGUAGUUAUAGGAUCAGCAUUGGGGAUGAAGUUAUGGGCCAGGGGGAGGAACUUAGUACUGCAGCAGCAUCCAGGAGCAGAAUAUUUAAUGUGUAACAUCUUCAAAGAGUAAUGGUAUUAUAAGAAGACUACAACAGAAUCACCAUUAAAAGUUAAAACUCUGAAAUACAUAUAUAGAAGCAUAUUUCAGGGUAUUGCUGUCAAAGAAGAUCACGUUUAAAAAGAAAAUGCUUCCCCUGUCCACCUCUUCUUUUGCCAACAUCUAGGAAAGGAACAUGACUCUUUCAGUCCCUAGGCAGGGGAGAGGGAGAAGAGCCGGCAGCAGUAGGGCGGAUCUAAGGUGCUGUGAGUAAUGUAUGGAGACGGUUUGGAAGGCCUCAUUUCAAGAAGCUUGCCGUUAUAGCGAAGGGAGUUUCAUGUUUGUGCCUUACCUGAGUCUGCUGCUAAAGCAUCCCAGUGCGCAAGGAACCCCCCUGAGGCGUAUCACUUAGUGAUUGCUUGAGAGGCCCUGGUCCCCUGCAAUCUCAUGCACACAAGCCCCCUUGUUUUCCAGCGUCCCAAAGGUGUUCAAGCAGCCCUGGGCCGCGGCCUCCCUACGCUGUAAACAGUUUCGCGGUGUGGGGGGAAUGAGUUGAGUAGCUCCCGCAAUACCUGUCCGCUGUGGGGUCAGCUCCUCCCAUCCCAGACUCCCCCUCCAUGCCCGGGUGGGGUUUAUCCCCCCGGCCCAGCAGGGGACGGGGGUGGUUUCGCGCCGGGCGGGGCUGGGGGAGGUGGCUCUGGCCUGGCAGGCGCCUGCGCUGUGGCUACCGCUGAGGAAGAUGCCGUCGGUUUCGAAAGCGGCUUCUCGAAGUGGCGGGUCCGGUGGGUCUCCGCAGACAGAGCAGCCGACGCACUAUACGUAUCUAAAGGACUUUAGGACAGAGCAGUGCCCCCUAUUCUUGCAGCACAAGUGUACCCAGCACAGACCAUUUACCUGUUUUCAUUGGCAUUUCCUAAAUCAGCGUCGUCGUAGACCCAUUCGAAGGCGUGAUGGGACUUUUAACUACAGUCCAGAUGUUUAUUGUACAAAAUAUGAUGAAACCACAGGAAUCUGUCCAGAUGGAGAUGAUUGUCCUUAUCUGCAUCGAACAACAGGGGAUACAGAAAGAAAAUAUCAUCUCAGAUAUUACAAGACUGGAACAUGUAUUCAUGAAACAGAUGCUCGGGGCCACUGUGUGAAGAAUGGACUCCACUGUGCCUUUGCUCACGGGCCUCAUGACCUUAGACCACCAGUAUAUGAUAUAAGGGAACUUCAGGCACAGGAAGCCUUACAGAAUGGGCAGCUAGGAGGUGGAGAAAACAUCCCUGACCUACAGCCAGGAAUUCUAGCUAGCCAAGCAAUGAUUGAAAAAAUUCUUAGUGAGGAUCCGAAGUGGCUGGAUACUAAUUUUGUAUUAGCUGGCUACAAGACAGAACAAUGCACCAAACCCCCCAGACUCUGCCGCCAGGGUUAUGCAUGUCCCCAUUAUCACAACAGUCGAGAUAGAAGACGGAAUCCCAGAAAAUUCAAAUACAGGUCUACUCCUUGCCCCAGUGUAAAACAUGCAGAUGAGUGGGGUGAACCUUCCAAGUGUGAAAAUGGGGAUAACUGUCAGUAUUGCCAUUCUCGUACUGAACAGCAGUUCCAUCCUGAGAUUUACAAAUCUACAAAGUGCAAUGACAUCCGUCAAACAGGUUACUGCCCGCGGGGUCCAUUUUGUGCAUUUGCACAUGUUGAAAAGGACACCAUGAAUGUAGUCAUACUGCAAACUGGCUGUCAAUCAAAGCCAGGCGCUCAUCUGUUUUCAGCAGACACCAUAGGAAUUGCAAAUGAAUGGAGCAGCAGUCUUAACUCCACAAACAGCAUUACAAAUAACAAUGGGCAAUCUGGAAAUAUUUCCUGUGCCUCAAGUCCAACAGUAAUGUCAAGCUCUGGUAGCUGUAGCUCAUUAUCGCCUAUUGGACCCCUUUGUAGGCAAAGAUCAUUAGCAAAUGGUGCUUUGUGUUCCGAGUGUAGCCCAUCAGGUGUUUCUUCACCAAAUUCUAGCUACCCAAAAGCACCAGGUUUUGAACGAGAGGAUCAGGUGAAACAGAAAAGCCUGCCAGCCGACAAUUAUCAGAAAAUAAGUGAACAAGACAGUAAGCAGAACCAUCUCAGUGUUUUUUCAGUGGUUAAUCCACUUGCUUCAAGUAUAACUUCCAGUAUAACUUCUAGUCUGGCUUCCAGUAUUGGAUCAGAUAAUUCAUCCCCAACAGCUCUCUCAGUUAUCAGUGCCAAAGCUCUCCCAUUCUACCCUGGCAGUAAUACAGUUGAAUCAGUUAUAGGUUCUGCUUUAGAUCUACAUUUUAGUGAUAUAAAUGUUGCAUCCUUAGAUCAAGAAUUAGAAGAUCAAGAAAACAGUGACCUUGGAUUAACAAGUCAAAGGUUACUGGGAAGUUCAGCUCCUGUCAAUAUUCCAGGUUCUGUUGCUCGUUCCUCAUCUUUACAUUCAUCAUCUUCCCUUUCAACCUCUCCACUCAGUUCUCUUUCACAGUCGUUGUCUCAGUCUUUUAUUUCAUCCACUAUGGCUCCUCACCAACAGCAGACUCAGCCUUUGAAAUCAGAACAUAGUAUGUUAGGCACUUCAGCCUCUUCUCAUAACUCUUUAGGUUUAAAUGGUGUUACAGGGAGCAUUUGGGACUUCAUAACUGGGAGUUUCUCUCCUAGUCCAUCCCCAGUAUUGAACAGUGGUACUAUACCCUCAACAAACUCAAACACCAGUGGAAGUGAAUUAGCUCACAUUAGACAGGAACUUGAUGAUGCCAAUCGAAAAAUAAAACGAUGGGAAGAUUCUUGGGAACAAGUAAAGCAGGCAUGUGAUGCAUGGCAGAAAGAGGCCCAAGAGGCAAAGGAACGUGCUAAAGUGGCAGAUGCUGACAAAAAACUAGCUCUUCGGAAAAAAGAAGACUUAGAAAAUAAAUUUAAAAAGCUGCAGGAACAAUUUGAUAUGUGUCUGUCCACUACAGUACUCCAUAUGAAAAGCUAUGGCGAUAUAAAAAAGAUACCAUUACCAAAGCUUCAUUCUUUACAAAACCAACUGCGUUUAGAUUUAGAAACAGUAGAUGGGGUAAUUUUCCAACUUCAUUCAAAGAAGUGUGUUGUAUGCCAAGAACAUGACCGUAGUGUAAUCCUGCAGCCAUGUCAACAUUAUGUACUUUGUGAACACUGUGCAGCUAAACAACAGGAAUGUCCUUACUGCAAGACGAAAAAAAGAAAUGGUGACGAAAAGUCAUGGUACUUAUAAUCAUGUUAAUUAACUAAAUAUAUUGUAUGUUCUGGUAUUUUAUAUAAGAAUUAUAUCUGUAGUAAUUAAUCCAUUUACUAGUGCUAGGCUGAUCUCCAUUUUAACCUUAUAAGAUAUUUUAGUUGUUUUUACUAUAGGAAAUGUGGUUUGGCUGCCUUUACAUAUUGAAUUCUAUUCAUGAAGUUCUAAAGUUCCGUGGUUAUUUCUUUCCCCACCUGGCCUUUUCAGUUUUCCACUCAUAUUCCUGGUGCACAAGCUACUCAGGUUCACUUACAGCAUAAUCACUUCUUACAGGUAUGUACUUGCAAUGCAUGAAUGGGGGAUUUAUGUCCGUGCCUCCCAUUAGCAUUAAUGUAAGACACUCAUGUAAAUACAAUACUUGUUGAUGGGAGGACCUUACCCCUCACCAUGUUUAUGGUGUGCUGUAAUCCUUUGCCAGUAUUUCUGAAUCAGUCUAACACUACUGUUUACUUGGUUAUUUGAAGAAAUUUGAUUCCUGUAAAAGCACUUUGCUAACUGUUUUUUGUUAGAGAUUGUUAUAAAUUGCUUAACCUGCUUUCUAGGUUUUAAUAUUUAUUUUUUUAAUAUUUAGUAUGAAGCUUUGUGUGUGUACUGUGAACUUAAAAUAUUUAUAUCAGUUUUACUGUUAAAUCAUAUUAUGAUAGUAUAGUAUAGUUAAAUUUCAUUUUUGGCUUUAGUAGUUACUAAAUGAACAGUUACGAGAACUUGCCUAGAAUUUUUACAGUUUAAGUCAACUGCAGACUAAUAGUAUUUAUAAGUAUACUAGCAGAGAGUGACAUUGAAAGAGAUACAUAUGCGUAAAUAUUCAAAUACUUUUUUUUUAUUUUGUGAAACAAACCAGUUUUCUUAAACAACUGUGUAUUUGCAUAUUGCCCCAAGUUGGAUUUUUGUAGUCUUAAUGAAAGCAAUUGUAUAACUCCUAAUCUGUGUGAUUACCUAUCAUGAAUUGAUAUAAUCCAUAGCCACUUUUACCAAGUGCCUGUGCCUUGCACCCAAUAAAAUUGCAAAAUACGUGAAGGAAACAGUUUGCAAACAAUUUAUACCACCUAAUUCUGUACAGGACAAUUGGAUGAUAAUUAAAAUUCUCAACUUUCUGUAAUAGAAUUUCAAAAUAAUAUCUUGCCAUGGACGAAAGAUACUAGGUUUUGUUUUUACAUAAAUAAAUACAAUACACCUUUUGGGUUUAGCGCUAAAAUUAUUUAAAUAUUUUAUCAGACAAUGGUGCUUUGUUGUAAUGAUUUUUAAAAAAAAAGUUGUUGUCCAUAUUUAAUGCUGAUGAUUAGGAGUAUGCAGUUUAGGAGAAGUUAAUUAUUGUAUCUUAACACUGUAUCUUGUUACUUUCCUUAAAGUUAACUAUUCUUGUAGGGAAGAGUUACCUGUGGUGUUACUUCUCUUUCCUAUUAAAUACAGGUAUGACACAGUACAGCUUACAUUCAAAUGACCUACCACUGUGUUACAUAAUGUGUAUAUUCCUAUUAAUUAAUACAUUAAUGAACAAGAAGUGCAUUCAUAUGACCAGCAAAGAGUUUAAUUAUUUCUGAAGUUUGUUCAGAUGCAUUGCAAUAGAAACAAGAUAUAUACUAAAUUGUAUUUAUGAUCUUGAAAAAUAUCUUUUGAGAUUUGUAUCAGUGUUAAAGAAUUCAGAGCCCAAUCCAAAGCCCCUUAAAGUCAAUGUGCUUUCAUUGAUUUAUGCGGACUUUGGACUAGGCCUUGAGUUAGCAGAAACAAGCACAUAUGAUUACAUUUAUUGUAAUAAUAAAAUCUACAGAAUAAUCACUACCUUGUUCUAUCAAACUGUGAGAACAUGGAGAUCUUUUGAGAAUGACGGAGGGAAGAUAAAACCCAUGAUGGAUUUACAUUUGGAACAGGAGCUCUUAAAAAGUAAUUUACAAACACAAUAGUCUGAAGAUAAUUGUAGAACAUUUUUAAACAGGUUUUAAGGUUGAGUUUCAUAAUACGGUCUGAUGCAUUUUUCACAUAAUUUUUAACAUUUUCUCUCAACAUUGUAUAUUGAAAUACUUUAUUACUAUAAUUUCAUUUUCAGCAAUAUAUUUCUCUCUCCUGAAAGAUGAUUUUCUGUUAUCAUAGAAGUAGAACCAGUUUAGAUUUUUUUUAAGUGGUACUUUGAAUCACUAAGCUUUGCUGUGAGUAUUAAUGGACUUCUACACUUGUGGAGUCUUUGCCAAAGACUUUUUUUGAACAUUAACAACGUUUUGGACUAAAAUAAAGUGAGUAGGUAAGAAUUUUUAUCAGUGACCAAAUUAGAAAGUGGUGUAUUAUAGGAAUAAAUUAUUGUAAAUGUUUUAAAACAUGCAAUUGAUAUCAGACAGUGGUUUAUUACAUCCAUUAUAGAAUGUGCAACAACAUUCUCUAGCUCUUUGCUAACAUAGUUAAUUAAUAUUCUUAGCAGAUUUUAGUGAAAUAAAUCCAAAUUAGAUUGAAAUGUGGCCAUACGUGUCAAUGUUCAGUUCAUUACUUAAGAAAUUUUGAAAUAUUUUUGUGCUACAGUAACUCCUCACUUAACGUUGUAGUUGUGUUCCUGAAAAAUGCAACUUUAAGUGAAAUGAUGUUGAACGAAUCUAAUUUUCCCAAAAGAUUUAAUGUAAAUGCAGGAGGUUAGAUUCCAAGGAAAUUUUUUGGGGGCAGACAAAAGGAAUUAUAUACUGUACAGUACUGUACUGUACUGUGGUUGGGAAGUCCCCCGGCUUAUCCCACACAGGCACAGCCCGCUGCAGGCAAGGACGCUAGGAAGCACCUUCGCAGCAGCAGCUGUAGCUUACCCAGAGAAGAACAGGUGCCGACUUUGCUGGGAAUACUCCAGGCCCGCCUCUUCCUGUCCCCGCUCCACUCCAGGCCCACCUCUUCCCACCCCUACUCCAACUCCGCUCUGGAGCACACCGCAUCCCCGCUCCUUCCCAUCCCCCCACCGAAAGUCCUAGGACUUUCUGGGAGGGAGGGGGAGAAACGGAGACACAACGCAUCCCCGCUCCCCCCCUCCCUCCCAGCGCUUCAUGCUUAGGACUUUCUGAGGGGGGAGGAGGAGUGGAGACGCAGCGCUUCCCCACUCCUGCCCCUCCCUCCCAGAAAGUCUUAAGUGCCCCCAAACAGCUGUUUGGUGGUGGGGGAAGCGCUGGGAGGGAGGGGGAGGAGGCAGAGAAGAGGAACUUGUGCAAUGCUCCCUUGUAAAGUCGCUGCUCUUCCAGCCAAACAACGUUAUAAGGGAGCAUUGCACAACUUUAAAUGAGCAUGUUCCCUAAUUGAGCAGCGACGUAACUUUGAAACAAUGUUAAGCGGGACGACAUUAAGUGAGAAGUUACUGUACUCUUGUCACAGUUUAUAGUUCUUUAUAUACAUUACUGUGCAUUUGUGUAUCAUCCUAGGACCUUUUCUUUGGUCUUUUCUUUUUGUAAUAAUAGGAGGUUUUUUAAAUCUCUAGCUGAUACUUUUCAAUUUACAAAUGAGUUUUAACAGCAAGGGCAAAGUAAAUUGUCACAUUAACGUGCACAGUUUGCACAUACUGUCUUUUUAGAUUAAAUCAACUAAUUAUUGGGGGGAAUUCAAUUUUUUAGCAUUUGUUUGUUACAUAAUUAAAGUUGAGAAUUAUUACAUCGCUGUGUAUUGUUGUGGGGAAAAAAACGUAAAUAUAUCCUGGAAGCAGCUGAGUUGGCUUUUGGACAGAUCUAAAUUUGAGUCUUGAAGGAAAAAGAUAGACCAAAGAAAUGUUACCUAUGAGUGAAAUUCCCAGAGUGAACAGCGUGUUGCUUGUUACCUUGUGGAAAUAUUGUUAGGUAGUCACAUGAACUACAUGUAGCAUUCACAUAAAAAAUGCUAUAAUUAUUUUCCAGUAAGACAAUUCCCUGAGGAAUUAUAAGCAAGGUCUUAUUAACUUUUUACAGAUUAACUUCAGUUACUUAAAAAUUAAGAAUUAUUGGAUACGCUUUUUUACAGUGAUACUUUUAAAUCCAGGAUAAUGAAAUAUAUGCAGCAUAAAUUAGCAGUUGUACUUUAAUGAAAAAAUAUUACAAGGGGAAUAUUUACAUUUGUGAAGUUUUGUCCUGGUGAUACAAACACUAUGUAGAUGCACUAAAAAUAUAUUUGAGUAAGAAUAUAAUAAUGUAAUUUGUUAGAUGAGCAAAUUAUAUAAAGGUAAAAUACACUCAUUAGUUAGUUUCAUUCUAGUAUUUGAAAACAGUUUGACCAAGUUAUCAUGUAAAUUUAUGUAAAAGUAUAAUACUUUUAUGUGAAUGCCAUUAACUUUUCAUAAUGGCCUGGGGUGUAGUAGAUGAAAAUUACAGUUUCUCAGGGUUUAAAGUCAAGAACUGUAAUUUAACAGAACGUUUGCUAAAUUCAGAUAGAUCCCAAGCUGCAUCUUAUGGGUUUGUUAUUUAGUCUUUUUUGAAUAGCAGAUUAUUAAAAACAUCUGUUUUGUUAUUGCUAUUCAGAAUAUCCUAGUGUUAAAUAUUAAUAGUAAUAUUAUUACUGUCACAAUAUAUUUGUGUAACUGUGGUCAGCAAAAGACCUUAAAUGGUUGUGGAAUUUUCACUUGUAUUAAUUUAUGGAACCUAUUAAUGUUCUGAGUGCAUAGACAGAAUUGGUAUUGUGAAUGGAAAUGUUCUUAACUGAGAAGGUAUUUAUAAUGCAUAAUCAUUUACUUGUAGUGAAUUGUUAACACUUGUUAAAACUUUUUUACACUAUAGCAUUUAUGCAAUGGUUUACAGAAUUCAUGGAAUUAUUUUUAUUAUCGAUAUGAAAUUAAAAUUUUUGAUCUUUA